CUAAAAAAAAAUCCCUAAAUCUCAGACUCUCACCUUCGACUUCUCUCUCUCCGACGACAGAGCCCAAGCUUUGGAAGAACUCUGCCAUUUCCAAACCAUCGCCAAGAGGCCUCGUGUUCUCAAUCUCAUCUCCUCUGAGAUUCGCAACUUGGAAAAGAAAGCCUCCUUUUUGCAAGCAAGUGACUAACAGCAGAGCAGUAAUGGCGUCUAUGUUACAGAAGAACGACGGAGACAACUCGGUUCUUCUACGCGUCACUCAUGCCAAUCUCAAGAGUUUCAACGCUGACGUUCGUUUCUCCCUUCAGACUACAGUGGAGGGUGUCAAAGAGAAGCUAUGGCAUAAAUGUGGGACUUCAGUGACUUCAAUGGCAUUGGAGCUUUACGAUGAUAACAACUCCAAAAUUGCUAUUUUAUCCGAUGAUUCUAGGCCUCUUGGAUUUUACUCCCCUUUUGAUGGGUAUCGGAUUCAUGUGAUAGAUCUGGAUCCUUCGUCAGUUACAUCCGGUGGAUGGCUUGAGGACACUUCACUUGUUGAGAAGUACACUAUUUCAGAUGAAGCUUACAAAAAACGUGAUGGAACUUUCAGAAAAUUUAAGGAAAAGAUGGUAUCGCAAAACCCAUCAGCAUUUGAGGCAAAAAUAACAGACAGUUACAUGGAAGAUCUGUGUGCAAAUAUUAAGAUAGGAGAUAGAUGCGAAGUCGACCCAGGGGCGAAAAGAGGUGUUGUUAAAUUUGUUGGCCGAGCAGAAUCUCUGGCACCUGGUUUCUGGGUUGGAAUCCAAUAUGAUGAACCAUUAGGAAAACAUGAUGGCAUGGUAAAAGGAACACGUUACUUUCAGUGCCCUCUGCUUCAGGGUGCAAUGGUUAGGCCAGACAAAGUAAAGGUUGGUGACUUCCCUGAGCGAGAUCCUUUUGAGGAGGAGGAAAUUUGAGCAGUAAUGGUACAAAAAAACACUGUUUCGAAUGUACUUCUAAAACCGAAAUUGGGAAAAAAGAUUAGACCUUUUCUUCUAGUUUUGAGGAUUUAAUGGUUAAUGAGAAUUGUUGAAUAUUCAUGAGGAUUACACUUUACUUUAUCAAUGAAGUGAAGUCUAUGAAGUAAGUAUUGUGCCAUA